GAUCCUUAUAAUUGAAUGGCAGAUGGACAUCAUUAACACCUUCAACCUCGGUCACUUCAUCACUUGAUCCUGAAUUGUAUCUGUAGGAAAAAUGAACGAACCGACAAAGGGUCGCGUGUUCGCGUCCAGAGGAAUAAAUCAUCGAGACCGUCACUUGAUGGAGGAUUUGCAAUCCCCCAUGCCUCAUCAUCGAGCAGAAGCUAAAAUGGAAAAGCAGAAGAACUUCUAGGUGGUGAACGAGAUUUGCGAAGCCAAAAAUUGUAACAAGGCGGUUUUAUUCGAAGGGAGGAAGAAAAGAGAUCUCUGCAUGUGGUUUUCAAAUGCCAAAAGUGGUCCUUCUGCCAAAUUUUUGGUUGAGAAUAUUUACACAAUGGGAGAAAUGGAAUUGACAGGCAAUUGCCUAAAGGGAUCUCGUCCAAUUCUCUCCUUCGAUGAGAACUUCUCCACAAAUCCUCGUUACGCCCUCCUGCGAGAGUUGUUCACCCAGAUAUUUGGUGUCUCCAACCACCACCCUAAAAGCAAACCCUUCUUCGACCACUUCUACACAUUCAGCGUCCUAGACAACAGGAUAGGGUUCAGAAACUACCAGAUCCUGACUGAAAAUGGAGGAUUAACAGAGAUAGGCCCCAGAUUUGUUUUGAAUCCAGUGAAAAUAUUCGCUGGGAGUUUUGGAGGGGGAACCCUCGGGGACAACUGGAAGUAUCGUCAAGCCGUGAAUAAAAAAGCUGGUGGAAACUCCAUACAUUGACUCGAGCAGAAGAUGGCACAGAAGGCGAACAAGCCUGAGGUCUCGUACUCGUUUAAUCCAUUGGAUGAUAUAUUCAAAGGAGAACCAUUGGUGAAGGCCAAGGAGCUGGAGGCCGGAGAGUCAGAGGAGCUACGGACGAACCAGGGGACUGGGGAGACGGGUGAGGAAACUGUGGAUCCCUUCGAAGGAAAAUCUGUAGCCGAGAUGAAGGAACUCGAGUAAAGAGCUCUGAGGAACUUGGAAAAAAUGGUUAAGAAGUCCACUAAGUCCAAAACACUGGGCUCGAAGGUGACAAAGAAGAAGAAAGGAAGAAAAAUAAAAUUGGAAAAUGAAUUUGUUAUUUGGGUGGUUGAAAAAAAAGUGUUUUAGAUUUUUGUCUUGUUUUUUAAGAUUAUGUCCUUCAGGGAAUUCUUUCCCCGACGUCUUUGGAGAAUUUUUUUAUAUUUUCCUA